UCAUGCUGCUGCCAAGUCCAGAGUCUCUCAUGGGUCCCUGUACGGCCUCCCAUUGCUGCUGUCUCCAUCGCCACACUCUGCCAUGUGCCACUUUCAGGUCUCCUCACACACUGCUGGUGUGUUUGAAUUUUUUGACAUAGGGUGCUGGCAGAUUACGGGCCUCCCAUAGCUGCUGCCAGGCCCCUAAUCUGCCAUGGGCCCCUAUAUACCGCCUCCUCAUGCUGCUGCCAGGUCCAGAGUCUCUCAUGGGUCCCUGUACGGCCUCCCAUUGCUGCUGUCUCCAUCGCCACACUCUGCCAUGUGCCACUUUCAGGUCUCCUCACACUGCUGGUGUGUUUCCAUUUUUUGU